AUGACUUCACAUUCUGAGUUCGGAAAGAAGACCGAGGCUGAAGAAGUGAUCUCAGAGUUCAAACACGAGAUUACUGGCAAAGCAAGUAAGUCCAUCCUCAGGACUUGUGUCCAACCAAGAUAGCAACCCACCACACACAAAGUCCUCAUCACAGGCAUCAGUCCCAACGGCCUAGGAGCCACCCUCGCCCACUCCCUCUCCUCCCAAACACCACACCUCCUCAUCCUCUCCGGCCGCUCCCUCACCAAGAUCCAAGCCGUCGCCGCAGAUCUCCAAACAUCCUUCCCCCUAUCAAAAACCCACAUCCUCCCCUUCGAUCUCUCAAACCUGUCCUCCGUCCGCGCCGCUGCAUCCAUACUCCUCGCCUCCCCCGGAAAUCUACACAUCGACAUCCUAAUCAACAACGCAGGCGUCAUGAACAUCCCCGUCCGCACGCUAAGUCCCGAGGGGUUCGAGAUGCAUCUCGCAACCAAUUACCUCGGUCUCUUCCUCUUCACCAAUACUAUCAUCUCUAAACUUGGUAAGCGGACGAGAAUUGUAAAUGUAGCCAGUGACGGCUACCGCUUCUCGCCCUUCCGCUUUGGGGACUGGAAUUUUAGUGGUGGAACGAUGCCGGAAGAUGAAUGGCCGCCGAAGGAGCUGCGUGAGCGGUUUGGUUUCCCCUGGGGUGUGGGGUAUAUUGCUACGGUUACGUAUGCGCCGAGUAAUAGUGCGGUGGUGGUUUAUUCGGGGGGGCUUGUGAGGAGGGGGGUUGGGUGUGUAUGUGUGCAUCCUGGUGGUUAUUUUUUUUUUUUGUAAAGUCUCGCGUUAAGGUUGCUGUAAGGCUUGGUGUGGUGUGCUGAUAAGGAUACGGUAGCUGUGAAAACGGAGCUUUGGCGUCAUGUCCCAGAAGAAAAUAAGGAACGGAUUUUUGGAAUGAUGGGUAUGAAGAGUCUUAGUCAAGGGGUUAGUACGAUUCUGGUUGCGGCUUUGGAUCCGAUGCUGAAGGGUAUGUUUGUUCCUUUUCUUCUCUUUGAGGUUGAUUUGACCGUGGAUUCUGAUAAUGUCACAGGAACGUCAAGUGUUUAUCUUGAAGAUUGUCAGGUCACAUCUAUUCCCGCAUCAACUCGGAUCCUGAAAUUGGCGAAAGGCUUUGGAAGUUGA